CUCCAGCAAAUUCUGGCCAAUCGGGCACCCUGUCUGCUCUCCACGGCGUGAGGUAGAGCCAAUGGUCUUCCGAGAAGGAUUGCUUCUGCUCAACAGCUUGUUAUUUCGUUUAUUGCUUGCAGUUCCGUGCAAGUGGGGGAGUUGGAGGAGCCGAGUGUGUGAGUGCAACUUUCAGCUUAUGGCCUCCGUUGUGUGAGCUGUAGUGACGACAAAUCUUCGAGCUGGAAUCCCUCAAAUAACCUUUGACGAUGAAGGCAGCCGAUGAGCCUGCCUACCUAACAGUGGGAACCGAUGUCAGUGCUAAAUACCGGGGUGCCUUCUGCGAGGCAAAGAUUAAAACCGUCAAGCGCCUGGUGAAAGUCAAGGUUGGAGCUACAGUGGAAAUGAAAGCACCUGAUGGAUCCCUGCAGGAAGCAGUUAUAAGUAAGCUGACAGAUGCCAGCUGGUACACAGUGGUGUUUGAUGAUGGCGAUGAAAGGACUUUAAGACGGACAUCUUUAUGUUUAAAGGGGGAGAGGCACUUUGCAGAGAGUGAGACUUUAGACCAGCUUCCGCUAACCAAUCCUGAACAUUUUGGCACUCCGGUCAUUGGGAAGAAAUCCAACAGGGGAAGACGGUCGUCCCUUCCAGUGACGGAAGAUGAGAAAGAAGACAGCAGCAGUGAAGAGGAAGAAGAUGAUGUGAAACGCAUUGGAGAUGAAUUACUGGGAAAAGUAGUCACUGUCAACUGCAGCUUGACGAAAGAGUGUUAUCCUGCUGUGGUGGUGUCACCUAGUUGCAGCGAUGAAACGUCGGUGAAAAAAGACCAGUGUUUGGUGCGAUCGUUCGCAGAUGCUAAAUUCCAUUCUGUUAUAAGGAAAGAUAUUGAGGAACUUGACAUCAAUACGUUGACACUGGAAAGCUCUAGUAAACCAGGUUUAAAGGAAGCAUUAACUUUCCUGAAGUCACGAGCGGUCCCAGACAGCUGGAAAAUGGACAUGAGUGAAAUUCUGGAAUCUUCCAGCAGCGACGAAGAAGAAGGGGAGGCAGAUGGUAGUGAUGGGGGGCCGAACAAAGAAGAAGAGGAGGAAGCAGCGCCUGAAGAAGAGGCAGACCCUGCAGAAAGGGACAACUUCCUGCAGCAGCUUUACAAGUUUAUGGAAGACAGAGGAACCCCAAUUAACAAGCCUCCAGUAUUGGGAUAUAAGGAUCUGAAUCUUUUUAAGCUUUUUAGGCUCGUCUAUCAUCAGGGGGGUUGUGACAAUAUUGAAAGUGGUGCUAUAUGGAAGCAAAUUUAUAUGGACCUUGGCAUUCCUAUUUUAAACUCUGCUGCAUCCUACAAUGUAAAAACAGCGUACAAAAAGUAUUUGUAUGGGUUUGAGGAGUAUUGCCGCUCUGCAGAAAUUAAGUUUAGGACUAUUCAUCACAAUGAUCCCCAGCCAGUAGAAGAGACCCCAACGCAGGAAGAAUCAAUGGAGAACAGCGAGCAGACCGAACCUGAAACCCCCCCUGUCAGUGUUGGCGUCAAGGAAGACGACGACACAGAUUCUAGCAGCGACAAUGAAAAAGAGGAGGUUGAAAUUGAAAUGAAAUCUCCAAGGGCGAGGCGAAGACCUGUUAGUAUUGCAGACUCAUCGACAAAGGACCUGGAAGACUCUGAGAAAGGAAAAGAUAGCAACAAAGAAAACAAAGAUGUAGAAGAAGAGGAGGACAGGCCUGAGGAAAAGGAGAAUGAUACAACUCCUGUGAGAAGAAGCUUAACUAGCAAAGGGAAGGAUCAGAGGAGUCCGAAACCGGAAGAUUCUGAGAGAGAAUCCGAUGAGGAGGAUGACAAACUAUCUGAUGUAGAUGAAAUGGAAAAUAAAGGAGACAGUGAAGAUGACGAGGAUUCUGAAGAAAAAGACCGCCUGGCAGGCACGAAAGUAAAAGUAAAAUACGGGCGUGGGAAAACGCAGAAAAUCUAUGAAGCCAAUAUUAAGAACACAGAGAUAGAUGGAGGAGAGUUGUUAUACCUGGUGCACUACUAUGGCUGGAAUGUAAGAUAUGAUGAAUGGGUUAAAGCUGACAGGAUCAUCUGGCCUUCAGAGAAAGCUGGAUCAAAGAGAAAACAAAAGAAAAGACCAAAAAACAAAGAUGAAAAUGAGAAGGAUGAAAAGAGAGAGGAAGAAAGGCAAAGGGCAAAAGGACGAGGCCGUCCUCCUUUAAAAUCACAGCUUCAGUCUAAUGUGACUUGUGGAGUUCCUAGGACUCCAAAUAGUGAAGGCAAGACACCUGACUCUUCCACAUCUGAUUGCGAAUCAGAAGAAAACCCAGAAAAGGUGCCUGAAACAGAAGAGCUUUUGCCAAACAUUGAAAAAGAACCUGAGCAAAAACCAUACCAUUCACCCGAGAAGAUCCCUGAGCCAGAGGCCGCCCAGAUUAUAUGUGCUGUAAUGGAGCAGGAAAACAGUCCAAUAAAGCCAGCAGAAACACUAAAGCAAGAAGUGGAAGAAAGCGAGCAAAUUGUUCAGAUUUUCGGGAAGCAAACGGAACAAAUCGAAGAAAUAAUGAAAGAAGCCGACAACCUGCCAAAGCCCAAGGGGAGGAGAAGCAAAACAAAGGAGCCUUCUCCAGAGGACACGAAAACUCUGCCGGCCACUCAGGAAGAUAAUGUGGCAGAACCUAAAGCAGAACCUGAAACCUUAGACUUUGCUACAUUUGCUGCACUGCAAAGUAAGGAACUGCCCCUUACUCCAAAGGAGGUGGAUUUGCCAAUCGACCCGCUGACUAAGGAGAAGAAAGGGUUCAAGAGGAAACCAGUGGAGCAGACCUCUCCAGAGAAAAAGCCCCGUACAGAGUGUGAUCUGGAGCUGCCCAUCAUCACACCCGAGGAACACCCUGCAGAAAUCUGUGAGACUCAGGUAAACUUUAACACCAUUAAGGAAGAGGAGCUGCAGAAUGUAAACGAUGAAAUGCCCUCCCUAACGGCUGAGCUAGAGCAUGUGCAGAGCACGAGGACUGAGGGCUAUGACGUGCCACUGAAUGACAUUGCUAGGAUCUCCCACAAGGAGGAACAGGACGAUGCCAUGCCUUUGAUCGGCCCAGAGACUUUGGUUUGCCAUGAAGUAGAUUUGGACGAUUUUGAUGAAAAAGACAAGGUAGAGGAUAUUCCUAUAGAGAAAGCAGAGCCUGACACACAGACACUACUUGCCCCUGCACUGCCACCUGCUGUCCAGACUCACAUCUACUCUGUGGCAUCUCCCCUUGCACUCAGCCACGAUGAGUCUCACAGUAUAAAGAGCGAGAGUGAUAUUACAAUAGAAGUGGACAGUGUGGCUGAGGAAUCGCAAGAAGGUCUUUGCGAGAGUGAGUCUGCAAAUGGGUUUGAGGCCAGCACCACUUCCAGCAACUGCAGUAUGACAGCACAACAAGAAGCAGAGCUGCGUGACAAAGGCCAUAAAAGGAUAAGUGAGAGCAACCUUGGAACACUAGCAAAGAAACAAAAGCGAACACCAAAGCGAAUGAGUGCUUCUUUGAAAAUUGAAAAGAAUGGUAUAGGACAAAGCAGCGACAGUGAGGACCUUCCUGCUCUGGAUAGCUCAAGUAAAUGUACUGCAGUUAAACACACAAUCAUCCCCAAGCCUCAGAAGAUCACAAGAUCGCCAGCUAGAAUCUCAUCGCCUCAUAUAAAAGACAUUGAAAAAGACAAACAUCGAGAGAAACACCAGCACUCGUCCCCAAGGACAUACAAAUGGACAUUUCAACUCAAUGAAUUGGAGAGUAUGUCUGGCACAGACAGGAUAGUCUUCCUCCAAGACAAAUUACAGGAAAUCAGAAAAUACUACAUGUCCUUAAAGUCUGAAGUAGCAACGAUAGAUCGACGGCGGAAACGGUUAAAAAAGAAGGACCGUGAAGUAUCCAACACAGGAGCAUCAAUGUCUUCAGCAUCUUCAGAAACCGGAAUGAGCCCUUCGUCCUCUUCUCCCCCACAAAACACGCUUGCUUUAGAGUGCAGGUGAUAUACGACCUCACCCUCAGCAGUCGCUGCCAUGGACACUUAUCCCCUCUCCCCUCUAAUCCAACACAAAGCACUCAUCUGGUCUGACAUUGCCAAGAAGUUUCCUUUCCGAAUUCCCUCUGCUGGAUUGCAUUUUUUUUUUCUUUCUUCCAUUUCCUUUUUUAUUUUAUUUUUUAUUCUUAUUAAAUCAAAUAUUUAAUUAGGAAUAGGAGACUAGCAGUCAGUGUGCCACAAUGGCAUCUCGUUUAGUCUAAACAGAAGAACGACAUUUUUAUAAAACGUAACAAAUGUCUGAAUAAAAAAAAAACAAAUUCGGGAGCCCUUCUAUAAUAUCCCCCUUUCUCUGACCUGGUCCCAAACAAUGCAAGUGCAUAAAACCAAUGACCGUGCUGUUUA